CACAUCACAACACUCCCGUCGCGUGCCGCCUGAUACAAGGCAGCUGUAGUUCGCCGCAGUGGAUUUAGCGUUUUUAGCUACUGGUCAGAAAUUCACCGUUUUAUCAUCGGUUGUACCUUUGAAUCCGGUUCAUCUGCAGUUUUUUAAAAACGUCUGAAGAAAUGCGAAGACGAAAAAUAAAAAAUCUGAUGGAAUCAAGCUAAUCAACAGUUUCAACCGGGGCUGUUUUAAGCUUGUCUCCUAGUAGGUUACAGCCCCUGUGGCCUAAGCAGCAUCAUGGUGGACAUUGCUGUGAAGAGCGGAGCUGCUUGGACCUGUCACGCUCAGUUGGCUCAGGUGCUGCUUCCUGUUCACGUCAGUAACAAAGAGGAUCAUGAAGAGGAGCUCAGUCCGCCAGAGGGAGACGAGACAAACUGGGGCGGCCCAGUGCUGCUGGAGCAGACAGAGGAAGGCUCUCCUUGUGUUCUGACGCUCCGCUGCACCCCCUGCUCCCCUACUGCCAUCAGCCGCCUGCUGCUCGUCAGCGAGGCUCGAACCAUGGAGGUGUACGACCAGAUGGGAGAAUACUGCGGUACGAUACGAGGGGAGAGGGACGACAGCGUCCAGCCAGACAGUUCAGACAGAGGGCCUUUCUACAAGAAACAGCUGAUCCUCGAGCAUCCGUCCUCCGCCUGUGAAGUGAAGCUGCUCUCCCUGGGCGGUCGGAGCAGUGUUUUGGUGUGUCGCGUCCUCGUGGGCCUCCAGACGCUACAGCCCUGCGCGGCCCGCGGCCCCGGCAUCGACAUGCAGCAGGUGCAGUGUCUGGUUGAGGAGAUGGGGACGAGCCUCUCACCGGGAGCCCAGAACCUCAUGGAGAUGGUGCACUUCCAGCAGAAGAACCAGACCAGCUCUCUGGGUGGCUUCCUGCCUCUCCUGAUGGGCGGUGGAGUUUUCUCUGCCCUGGCUCAAGGAGCCAACACCUCCCCAGCAGCCGUCAGCAACCAGCCCCAGCCUGCAGACUCCAGGCCUCCAGUCGGCUCCAUCAGGCCUGCAGAUGAAGCUCUACCAGCUCUGAAUGGAGCGAUGUCAGACGGCUCCUCCUCCUCCUCCCCAGACCUGCUGGUGUCCGGUGUCAACACGAGGAAUAUCACGAGCAGCGAGACUGGAGGUCCAGCGAGCCACGCCCAGCUGGCGGAGAUGAUGUCUAACCUCCUGAAAGGGCAGGGGCCCGGCCAGGCCGCGGGCUCCGGCCCUGAGCUUCUGCCCAUACUCCAGAGCCUCUGUGGUCAGGUGACCAAGCUGAGGCUGGAGGACGCGACGGCGCUGGCAGAGAAGGAGAAGAUGAUGAGAAACGGCUCAUGGGAGUUGGACUCGGCCAUGGAGCGUCGUCUGGAGGAGAUGGAGAGGAGGCUGAAGGAGCAUGUGGACCGUCGCCUGGACGCUCUGGAGCAGAAGCUGGAGAAGGCCCUGCUCAGCGCCCUCAACCAGGGAGACAUGAGCAGCGUCCACGGGACCGUCGGAGCAGACUGCCCCGACGACAGCCACGCACUGAGUCCAGAACCGUUGAAAGACUAACAACAUGCAACCCUUUCUGCCCUUGAACCUUUUCAGCUACACCUCAGUGUCAGAGGGCAAGCAGAGCAGGACGCAGACCUUAGAGACAGAGACAGUAGAAAGAAAAAAGGGCUGACAUGGGAUUAUUGAUAAAAUAACACAAGUAUCGCAAUAAUCUGCCAUAAAAAAAAACAAUGCUGUUUAACUUCAAGUGUCCUGCUGCCAAAGAAACCUCUGUAACGGUUUGUUUGCUCCACUGUUAGACGAAGUGAAUGUCCUGGAUGUAGGACUGACAUCAGCUUGUGGACGCGAUGUAAGUUCAGCCGAAAGAAACCAAGAAUCUAUAACUGCAGAUAUCCAUGUUACUAAAAUCAUGUCCUGUGGCUGUAAUGCAUUCUUUGAAAGUUUAGCCACAUGAAAAAAAAGUACCUGGAGAUACGUCAUCAACAACAGGCCAUCUGAAAGCAAGCGGGUUAUUUUAAACAAUCACAGUGAAGUAAUGCAUGUGAUCUUAUCCAGGUUGUUGUUGGCGGGUUUUAACAUAACAAUUAUUGACAUGCAACACCAGCAGAACACUUAUUUAUUCACGUUAAAAUGUGCAUGUAAACUAUUGUUCUCCCAGGUCUCAUGAUCCACAUGAACUCCAGUCAGUAUCCUGAGCGACAGUUCUUCUCAUUCACACCAUGUACUGGAAGUCUUUGGUUAAUCAGGCCUUACCGUUUGUUUCAGUACAGUUUGGUUUGAAUCUCAGAAUAUAUA